CAGCAUGCUGAUGCAAAAGGGUUAGGCUGGAGCUAAGCACUGGAAUGGUUUCUUAAAAAUAUAAGUCAUGCCCGCUCGUUGCAUCAUCUCCUCUAAUAUAUACUUAUCUCGCUAUUCUGCAGAAAAUCUAUCCUAUCUUAGAUUCGGAUGCCUUUGGUUUCUUGCAGCACACAGCUUGAAAAAUAAACAAGUCAGUCCUGACGUGUAGCUGAGCCGAUUGCCACAUUUUCAAGCCACGCCUCUCUGUCGAAAACUUCCCCCACCCUCUUCUAGGUGUUGCCGUGGCAUGUGGUUUGCUUGAUGCAUAGGCAGUGUGCUGAAAUAAUCUGCCUCUCGCCAGGUAGAGUUAUUCCAGGGAGUCAGAAAUACAGCAGCAGGCAGCAGUGCCAGUCCUGUGGAGAAGUCUGCCUGGCAGAGGCUUGAGCAAGCUUAGUGCCAUUGAGAGGGUCCUUUUUGUGUCAGAGAGACAGUGUCAUCAGCCGUGGUGGUGUUUUGGUCUGAAAAUGGUUAUGGAUGCUGCAGAAAUGACUGUGCUUAUGUGGAGAUACAGAAGAUGCUAAUGAAAGGUUUGUAGCUGUAGUUUGAAGGUGCAAAAUAUUUGAUCGUAUUUGGUUCAAGGGUGCUCAGUGUUCUUGAAUUCAUUUUUGCUUUCUUCUAUUACGUGCUAAUGAUGCUGGAAAAGAAAUGCUAUUUAAUUGUGUUUUCAACAAAUUGGAGUUACGUGUGUGUUGCUUGGCUGGCUUCUCAGGUAACGCUGAUGAGGAGAGUGCAGAAGAAAAUGGAUUACAGUCUGACAUUGUUAACUUGGACAUGGCCUGGGGAAGACAGGUGCUGCAGUGAAAACAGCAAUUUGCAGCAGAUUUCAAUUCAUGGGUUUAUAUUACUGUUAUCAGUAGUGGUAGUUUAGAGUCCUACAUUUAGUCUUACAUUCUGUUACAAUAACAUGUAUAUGUAUAUACAUGUAUGUAAGUGAAAUUGUUUAACAAAUAACUGUUUUCCAAAGUAAGAAGUUGGGUCUUUGAUAGCAAAUAUUUUUGAGCAGAAUUUAACUCCUUUUCUGAUUGUGAAUAACGUUUACAAGUGUGUGUGUGCAUGUGCGUGUGAGAAAUAAUGUAAGCAUUGCUUAAUAGCCUUAACCAGGAGAGAAACUGAAUUACCUAUUCCUAAAAUUAAACAGCGAUUCUCUGGAAGAAAACAGAACUGGAAUUUUUGAAAGGCUGAAAGCUAAGAAAAAAAAAGAAGAGGCAGGUUAGGAGGUGGAGAGAUUGACAUGGGGAAGAGAUUAAAAUCAUCUUGUCUGUGUUGCUUGGCGGGGAGGAACACAAGGCAGGAUGCACUGCCAGUCAUUUCUCAAGGAACAGUGACAACAAAGACGUGGAGGAUUUAGAAUAGCGCCAGAGGUGCACUGACAAUUGGGUUUUUGCCUAGACUGGCAGCAGAGGGUUCUCACUGAAGGGCCUGCUUCCUGUGAGCUUCCAUGCACUGAGCAGUCGCUUUGUGCCCAGUGCAUGGGAGGGCAGUGAGCAGGGAGCAGCUCUGCAUGGCAAAGCUGAAGGAGGGAGCUGCUGGCCAAGCUUCUACUAUUCUAGAAUUAAAAUGAAGGUGGGUCGCUAAGACAGAGGUUUUCAUUGAGCUUGCUCUGCAGGAAAUCAUUGUAAAAAUUCUGGAAUAGAGUUUAGUUCAUGUUUAUGGUAGAAGGAUUCAAACAUAUUUGACAUCAUUUUGCUUUAAAGGAAGAGUUACAUACACCUCUGAGUCCUGAUUCUGUAAACUCACAGGGAGAGGUCCCCCACUGAACGAAUGGCUGUUCACAUUCAGGGUUCCAGAAAAAAGGAGGACUGUCAGAUUGGGAUUGCCUGGUCCAAAGCCCUCUGAGAUCACCGGCCUUGUUUCCAUUGGUUUCAGUUGAACCCCACGGCAGAGAGGAAUCUUGGUUUUAAAGUUCACAAUUACAGAAGCAAAAACAAAUUACACCUUUCAACUGUUCUUCCCUGCCCGCAAGCACAUUGCAAACAAAUGACAAAGCACUUGGGGAGGAAGGCUUGGCCGCAGCGAGCCUGCCAACGAGCCGGUUCCUACUUGCUGCCGAGGCACAAUAAAACAGUCUGCCCGAGCACGAGGAGGUUUUAAAAGCCUAAGAACAAGGCUGUUCAGAAAGGCUUUGAGGCAAACAGGAAUGAGCAGAAUCUUCUGUCCCUCCUUCACUUUCUCUCGAGAACUUCCUGGGAAAAAAGUUUCUGCAACCAGGAAGGGCGGGCAGCGAGCAGAAGCUGCGCCCCAUUUCCCUUGGGGCUUUUGAAGGGUCUGGGUGUGCUUGUUCAUAAAGCAAGGAUUCGAAGACCAGAAUGGACUCGGUGAGGUCAAGUGUUCUUGUUUCUUUGGUUCUUUCCCUGCUGGUACACCUGCAGAGCUGCAUGCUCACAGUGUGCAAUGAGUGCUGCUGGGUGAGCUCUGCCAUCCGCACGGCGCGUGGAGCAGUCAGUUCCCUCAUCGUCCUCAGAGAGCAUGUUUAAAAUGGAUAUAUGAGGGCUGUUCUGGAUGAGCAAGUUCCAAGUUCGCACCAAAACCUAUGUGCUGCUGUGUGCCCCCCUUGGCAGGGCAGAGCUGAUGUAGUGGUGAGUUGGACCUGGUGAUCCUCAGAGGAUUCUUCCAACCCUUAUGAUUCUGUGAUUCAUUAUGUGGAGAAAUAUGGAAGAGAAAACACAGUAGAAAUUCAGAUACAAACCAGUUACCUAUUUACAUUUAGUCAACUCCAGCUGCUCAUGGUGCCCACCACCUUACUGUUGUUUGGAGAAGUAGCAGUAUCCCGUUGUAAUGCUGGAUGUGAACCAUGACUGCGGCUGUUGGAAGCACUGAGCUAUCAGCAGGUUGAGUUCAUUCUUGGCCUCACAACCAGAACAUUUGCAAACUGACAAGGCCGAACCAAAUGAUAUGAUGACUCUGUGAGCACAGCUCCAAAGCUGGAAGAAAUGGCAACGAUUGAAACAUGUAAUGCCCCAAUGUCAGCUGAUACAAGUGGUCAUUCUUUUGAUGUAAAACAAGAUCAAGUGAUGGAAGAGAGCACCCAGGAGUGGAAUGAACAGCUAGAGAAGGAGUUUUUCAGUGUUCUUAGUGAUCUAGAUAAUCAGCUGGCCCAGGAGCAAUCCCAAGAUCCUUUGGACAGGACAGAUUCUACUAGCAGUGCAUCAAGUGUGCAGUACAAUCAAGAUGCCUUCCCCACUUUGAAGAGGCACACUGCUAAUCGAGGGCAACUCAGAAAUGACUGGAGCGACAUACAAAGCACAUUUUUCCCAGAUGGACUGAGAACAAUAAGAGCCAAAGAUGAACACAAGAUCCUCAUCAGACCAAGGAAAUUGCACAGUGCAUAUAUAAACUGGCAGCAGACAGCCUUUCAAGAUGAUUUUAAAUACAGUGAUCCAGCUGAUGGAAAUUCUCAUCUGCGAAGCAGCAGGCUGCCUUCCGUUUCUUUUGGGCGGUCGUCAGAAGGUAGCUUGUAUCCUCCUUCCAUAACACAGAACAGUGGAUUUAGGCACAAGAGUUACAUGGACAGGGGUACAGCUGGCAGAAGUUACUCGGUAUGUUCCCUUCGGAGAUGCCCAUCAUCAGUAUCUUCUGAUCAGCUAUCAGCAUCGAGCUUGCAGUGUCCAUUGGCAAGGGAGAACAGCAAUGGCUUUGUACCAAGGUUUGGUCGACAAAACCCAAAAAGAAUUCCUUUGUCUUCUAUUGUAUGGAACAAUACACCAGACUCUCCUGGGCAAAGAUCAACUCAAGAAAAGAUGUUUAGAACCCAAUCACUGAUGGAGUUUCAUGCUACAGACCAUGGCAGAUAUCCUCGCUCUUUGCAAGACAAUGAGAAAUAUGCCUGUUACCACUCAAAACACCACUACAGGAGAUCUAUUUCAAGCAGUAAUUGCUUCAGUAGAAUUAGUUGCCCUGACAAAGCCACUUCUCCAUUGUCCUUUGAUAACUGGGAAAAUUGUACAUUCUACCAAUCAGAAAGUAAUAUUUCUAGAUCAUACUGUAGGGAUAUUUCUUCUCCUGGCACGUUGUAUUCAAACCACAAGAAUUCUCCUUAUGGAAAGACAGAGAGCUAUCUUUCUUGGACUGAUAUUCCUCAAUACUACAAUGAUAAUGUGUUUAUUUCUCCUGAUACCAGAUUUGAAGUGAUGAUGGCUAAUUUGAAUGACCAGCAGCUGGCAUACACAAGAAAUGCUAAGUUUGCUUCCCAGCACCUGCAGAAUGAUUUUCACAUGUAUUCUCCAGAAAAUAUGAAUAUUAAAACAUUAACGAGAAGUGCAAGUAGAGCUUUUUCAGAAUUCACUGAAGGCCAUCAGCCACAUCUAAGCUGUAACUCUGUAGUUUCUUCUUCUGUUGUCAGAAGCGAUGACUCUGUCUCACCUAAUUUGAAGGACCAAACAAAACCUAUAGGACUGAACAGGAAUUCAGUCAUUACCCAAAGAGGCACUAAGGCAGGUGUUACACAACUAGAAAAGGCUGAACGUAGGAAACUGCCAGAUGGAGUGGACACCAAAGACAUGCCUUUACAGUCUGUUUCUCAACAAGCAGAUAAAACCUACAUCAAUACCCAGAGCUUUCCCUCGAAUAACUCUGCUUUUGCUAUGUUGCAGAGUGAUGCAUCUCUCUUUAAUGCACUGAGAUCAAAGAGACAAACCCAAGUCAGUGCCAGAACAGAUACUGCAAAAAUGGUUGCAACGAACAGCAAUAAAAGAAAUGUACAAGUGAAGGAAAAUAAUUGCACACCCAACAGCGUAUUCAGUCAGUCUCCCUGUACUUUGCCAGCUAACAAGAACAAAAAGGAAUCUUUUCUUCCAAGCCAGAAAGAAUGGGAACAUAAUCUGCAGUAUGUGAGAAGAAGAGGGAGCGUCAUACAGGAUGAUCAGAGUGCAGAAGCCGUUAACCAAGCUGCCCCAGUGGGACAGCCUGCACAGCUGAAUGCUGCUUCUGCUCCAUCCACUGAAAAACUAGCAAACUAUCACAGCCUGUUGUCCUGGCCUCCUGACCGUUCAUCCAGUUCCUCACAAAGUUCGCCACCAGCACUUUAUCACGGAGUUGGAAAAGCAGCUCAAGUGAGUGGAAUGGGCGUUACCAAAAAGACUCCACAGGAAACACCACAAAAUAGAAGCACUUUAGUUUCUAAGACCUGUAGCGAACUAUUCAACGCUAGUUCUCCACGACAGGGAAAUUCUGGAAGUACUUCUGGAAGUACAUGUGGUUUUGAUGGAGAUCCCAAGACCCCUGAACAUAAUUAUUUUUGCUUUGAAAAAGAAAAUGGAAAAACAGGGAAUCGUUCACCUUGUACUGAAAGGCUUCACAAGCAAGACAGCUUGCUGAGACAUACCAGUAGCUGCAGCAUCACUGGCUCCCCAAGGAGAAGCAGCCUCAAAUCCUCUGAUCCACUUGUUAUUUAUUACACUUUACCAAGAAAAUCAGCUAGCAUUGCUGGUAGCAUUAUGUCAGAUACACCCAUCUCUCUCCCUAGAGAUAACAGAAGAAGCAUGUAUGGUUGUUUAAGGACUGAAACUCCAAGUGGAGCAUAUCAAUGUUCUAGUCAAAGAGAUGUGUCUUGUUUAGAUUCAAAACAUUCCUUCUUAAGGUCAGCACCAUUAAAUGUUGCUGCAAGUAACAAAGAGAAACAUUACCCCAGUCCUUUAACCAGAAGUCCUGAUGAUUUGACAAGCAGCAGCACACCAGUUGAGCUGAAAGACAGAUGUAAGCAUCUAAGCAAAAGAGAAUCCUCUGUGUUUUCAGAUUGUAAGGAAAGGGGAAACUGUUUGCAGAAAUAUAAAACUACAAGCACGUUUACAGUAAGUGUUGAUGAAGAUCAUGUCAAGUACCAUGAGCUAGUUUCAAUUUAUUACACGUUGCCACGGAGGCAUUCCAAAACAUUUUGUAACCUCUUUAGGGAUAAUGCAGAGGAUGCAGAUUUGUCUCUUCCCGGUGAAAAUUCUCAGUCACCAAGAAUACGAAAAAAGAAGAGUGAAGGUCACGUGAGUUUAGCAGAUGUUUUUUUCCCCAGUCCUUUGGAAAAAGAGGUGCCUUCCUGCUCUUCUGACCAAGCACCUUCAGCUCCGGUCACACCUCAGAAUGUAGAAUCUGUAGUUCACCAUGAAGAAGAGAAUUCCCACUCAUCUCCUGACUCCAAGAAGGUAUGUCCUUCCAAGUCAGUGAGCAUGGUAAAUAAUAGGAAUGACAGUUCAACAGAUGUUUCAACAGAUCAUGUACUUUCUGAUGUGGCAACAAAAGACGUUUCUUUAGGUGCUCCACAACCCACUGCAGUAGUGGGUAACUCAGGUAACAGCCUUUCUGAUGCAUCAAACAACCAAAAUACAGAAACAUACCCAAAAGAAAAGAAGGAAAUUUCUCAGACAGCCACACCACGAAAAUCCACUUUACCAACCCCUCCCAAACCAGGCAGACCUUCAGAGAAUCGCUUUUAUUCUGCUUCAACAAGUAAGAAUAGCAUACAGAAGGGAAACUCUGCAAACUGCUCUCAGCCUGCUCCAGUAAGUACGAAUAAAAAUCAGAACAGUUUGCUUCUCCACGUGAGAGAGAAGGGCUCUCGUGGAAGGAUCCACACAGAGUGUGCUGAUGUGCCAUUGCCGCCUGGGGAGGACAAAGGCAGGGGUAGUACCAAAGUGAAACAGGGAGUAAAUUUCCCACACCAAACCACCCCUCUGUAUAAUCACAGAAGCAGCAGACUGCAGUUAAGAGCUGGCAGUUCAAGAAAUAGCGCAAACAUUGUAAGCUCUUGUAGCAAAAUGCCUUCAGAGUCUCAGAAGAAAGCAUUUGAGGUUGGCACAGCUUCCAGUGCUGAUGCACUGCUUCAGCCAGAUGAAGCUAUUAGUGCAGGGACAGGUGAGUUAAAGAACUCUAAAAUUAAAAAAGAGCAAAAGUUGCAAAGUACUCAAAUGGAUAAAGACUGUAGUGGCUUGCAGGCAUUAGGGAAGCACAAUAAGGGCAGCUUGGAUGUUAACAGUAAAGACAAAGUUUUCAGGGUUACACAAGACCAAAAAUUAACACAGAAUGUAGAAAAUGAGAACAAGCUUCUCUCUGACUGCACAAGAGACAAAAUCAAAGAUAUAGAAAAAAGGAAAAACAGGCCUUCAAUUAAAAAUAAACUGGCAGCUGUUUGCAAAACAAGUCGAAAAUUUUCAAGUAAAAAUUUACCUCCCAAGCCGCACAUAAGUAAUAUUUUUUCACAGAAUGAUGGAAAUGCCACUUGUUUAGAGGUGAGCAUGUCCCCUGACUCACUGACUUCAGCAGAUUGCCAUCAGUCGCUUCUGCAGUCUGAAACCAAAAAUCAGAAUGACAGUCUGGACUCUGACAAGAGUACACAAAUACCAAAACCAGCUGAGAUUAAUAAGAGUGAAAAUGUGAAUGAUCCUUCUUUACUUGUUAACAACUUAAAUUGGAGGUCUCUUAAAAGCUAUUACGCCCAGAAGGAGGCCAUCAGUUCCAAAAAACCUACAGCGAAAGUGGAAAAUAGGCCAGGUCUUACAACCCAAUCUCCAGAUAAAGCGUUAGCCACAAGAAAUAAGAAUUCCCGAACGCCUGAUCUCAGGUUAGAAAAUAGAAGCCAGCCCAUCUCACCCAGCACUGCUGCACUGGACCCAACAGAUGAUGAGAAAGGAAGAGCUAGCAGCAGUGCUUGCACUCUUCCUUUGCCCCUUUUAACUGACAAAAACUCAAACACAUUUAUAAAUAAUUGCUUGCAGGCUGACAUAUGUCCAAAGCAGAACUUGACUUCUCAGGCAAGGCUUACUGAACGCCAGAAUGCCUCUGAAUCCAACAGCUUAAGAAAUGCAAACUUGCAUAGCCAACUGUUGCGCAAGGCUUGUGCGAAAAAUGAGCGUGAGCGUCACUUUUCUGAGAGUAUUUGUGCUCAAGAUUCCCAUCAGACGUUUGCCUCUGGGAGCAAUAUUCUGCCAAAAGACAGUGUGCAUGGGAAGAGAUGUAAAUCUUACUCAGAGGUGUUGUCCUGUGAUGAGAAUGAAAACUGGGCAUUGGAUGAGGAACGGUGUCACAGUACGAGGAAUCUGAUGUAUCCUUCUGUUGAGUUUGGUAUAUUUGGCAAAGAUCAACAAUUGGCUUUCCUGGAAAACAUCAAGAGGUCACUCACAGAAGGGCGACUGUGGAGACCUUGUCUUCUUAACAACCCAAGUGCUUUCCGAGAUGGAGAGUCCCCUUCCAUAAACAGAACAGAGCUUUUCAGCUCGAGUUCUGCUGGGAGCAAGGUAUCCUCUGCUGCUUCGUCGCCCCAGGAGCUGCCUGACAUCUAUCAGGAUGACCCAGCUGCUUACUCAGACUCGGACUCCGAUACCACCACAGAUGAUGAAUAUUACCUGGACGAGAUAGAUAAAGAAUCAGAACUCUGACUGCCCAUGGUACAUAGAUGGUGAGAUAGUUCCUGAGCAGGCAAAAACCUGACAAAUACUUUGAGCCAGUCCUAGUGCUGCUGUAGAACAGUACUGAAAUAGAUAAAUUCAUACUUUACCUACAUUUUCUCACAUGUCUCCAGAGGAAGGCAACAGGUUACUUUGCUGAUAAGCAUUUUUCCAGCUCUCCCUGUUUACUCGACCAAACGUAAUAGUGCUGAUCCAUCCCACCUUGCCAGCACCCACACAAAAUGCUCUAGAAGUGAAUAACUUCACAGCAAAUUUCGCUGCUGGAAAACUGUGAAACUGCUGACACAGAUGAGCAUGGAAAUGCCUUUCAGAUGUGCAUGCUGGGAGAUGCACAGCUGACGCAGCUUUGGCUGCAGUUCAGAUGCAUUGCCAGGCUUCUGCCUUUGACUCAGGAACACAUUAAUUUGGAUUAAUGAUCAGGCACUUUGAACCGUGCAAAAUGUAAAAGGAUGUUGACCCUGUUUAUUUCGAAUACAAACCCGAUGGUUUGAAUCUGAAGCUAUUCUAGCACUGGGAGAAUGAAUGCAGCAGAUGCCUUGGGGCUGCCCUGAGCCGGGCUGUGCCUGGUGAGCCUGUGCCACUGCUGUGCAGCACGCACUGGCCUUGUUUUCCCACCAAGUAAAUAAAAUGGGUGAAAAAUGCCCUUUACCCUUUGCUCAAUUAAUACCUCUUCCUGGUAAUUUCCCACAGUUCCCACUGCCACCCUGGUGCUUUCUGUCCUUUGAACCAAAAAGCUGCAGAUGGUUCCCUGUGGCUGUCAGCCACACUGACAGAUGCGGUGUUACAGCUCAGAGCCACAGUGCACCCCUGGCCAUUCCAUGCUCACUGAGCUUUGAUCAGCGGCUUGCUGAGCCAGCAAAUAGUAUUUUUAAAUAAUUUUACAUUUGUUACUACUUUAAUAAUUUCACAUGUGGUCUAAAGUGCUGAUCCGUAUUUUUGAUACACUUUUUAAUUCGAUAAAACUUCUGCAGGACUUAAUUAUAUUUUUGUAACUGGAAGGACAAUAUCCUAAUGUUUUCAAAUAAUAUAUUAUAAACAAGCAGUGCUUGUCUUGCUUAAUGCUCUACAAGAAACUAAAGGAUGAAAAUAUUACUGAAAGUAACUGGUAUCCUUAUUUUUUAUAUGUAAACUUCGUUGAAGAAGUGGGUCUCUAACUCAGAUGUGUAUCUAAGUAUUACUGCUUUAUACUGGGAUAAUUUGUCUUUUAUUAUACAUAAAUGGACUAAUAUAAACUGUGUAUUUAUAGUCAGAAUUUAUCUGUAUGGUAUGUCUGUCUUGGAAGAAUGUAAGCAUAUACUGGCAUAUGCAGUAUUGGAAGGCAGUAACUACUAUGUGACUGUAAUCUUGUAAAAUGUCCUAUUCUGAGGAGGAUUUAUGUUUUUCUGUAAAUGGUUCUAUGUGUUCAGGAUCUUGUAGAGUAAGACAGUGAAGCCAUCUGAGUGCCAGAUUGUACAUUUCUGCAAAAUGUUAAUCUAACAACUGGGAAGACCAACCUACAUAAGUUAAAGGAUAAUAAAAUAUAUUUUUACAAGAGAGGUAAAUAGUUGUACAGUUUUACUUGACUGGAAGCAGAUGGCUUAGAACAUUUUUAUUUGUAAAUAUUUUCUACUUCUUCAGUAGAAGUUGGAUUAAGUUCUCACCUUGUUGGCAUAAAAGAUGUUUUUUCAUUUGCUUUGCUAUUCACGUACCGGAAAUGAGGUGGCUUAAUUUACUGUAAGUAAAUAAAGAAAAUGGCUUCUGGUAAUAAAUCAGUUGUGCAAUAAUGCAUCCUGUCAAGGAGCUGUAAUUGAAUAUUGACAUCAAAUGGUGGUAUUCUGUAAAGCAGUUAUGUGAGAAGAGGGAGAAAAAUCCUUCGAGUAGCCAUUAGUUCCAUUCAGUUUGGCAGAACCAGAUUUUGAUACCUUCACUCUUCCAAGCUUUUUCUUUGGCAAAAGUAUAUAUUCUAUACAUGCACGUAAUUUAUAGGAUUUUCAUAUCUAAACAAACUUGUUUGCAAUAAAUAUUGUUCAAAGGAAUGAA